GCGAUAUCUCGAGCUGUCUGAACGGUCUGGAUUAAUCUUAAAAAGCUGGUUAUUAAUUAAUUAGCGCGGUAUAUGCCGAAUAAUCUUUGUAAAUAAUGUUUCGUAAAUAACGUCUGAUUUGAUUUACGAAUGAUAUAUAGUACACGCGACAUAACUGACGACAUUCCCGCUUUACAUUUUAGCUUUAGUGUAACGCUGCAGCAGAGUUGAGCAGAGAAAGAAGAGCCCGCGCGCGGAUCAGUGCGAUAUGACGAGUCGUUUGUGGAAAGCGUUGUCGCGGCGGCGUGUAGAGCUGGAGAAUGAAGAUACGAAGGGCGAACGAUUGGCACGGGUCCUCGGUUUAUUCGAUCUGACUGCACUCGGCGUGGGUGCGACUCUCGGCUUGGGCGUCUACGUCCUUGCCGGUAGCGUCGCCAAAGAGACGGCUGGACCUGCCGUUUCCGUCUCUUUCCUCAUAGCCGCUAUCGCGUCUGCUUUCGCGGGCUUGUGUUACGCGGAAUUUGCGUCGAGAGUGCCAAAAGCCGGAUCAGCGUACGUUUAUAGUUACAUAACGGUAGGCGAGUUCAUCGCCUUCAUCAUAGGAUGGAACUUAAUUCUGGAGUAUGUAAUUGGCACAGCGAGCGUUGCUCGAGGUCUUAGCAGUUAUAUCGACGCGUUAAUAGGAAAUGUCAUGGGAAAUGCUCUACGCUCUCUUAUGCCUAUCGAUGUUUCUUUCUUAUCAGAGUAUCCUGACUUUUUCGCUUUCGCGAUGGUCAUGUUACUAGUGGUGCUAUUAUGCAUCGGUGUGAAGGAAUCGUCCAUCUUAAACAACAUCUUUACCGUUGUGAACUUGAUAACUAUCACGAUCGUCAUCGUCGCAGGAUCGAUGAAAGCGGAUCCAUCAAACUGGUCAAUCGCACCCGAGGAUAUUCCAGAUUCUGUGAAGAAUGGAGGAACUGGUGGAUUUAUGCCGUUUGGCAUCAGUGGAGUGAUGGCCGGAGCGGCCAAGUGUUUUUACGGAUUCGUGGGAUUUGACGCGGUCGCUACUACCGGCGAGGAAGCCAAGAAUCCUCAACGUCAUAUUCCUCUUGCGGUCGUGUUAUCCCUCAUUGUUAUAUUCAUAGCGUACUUUGGUAUCUCCAUAGUCCUAACGAUGAUGCUGCCUUAUUAUGCUCAGAGUGCGGACGCGCCGUUUCCACACGCGUUCGACGAGAUCGGCUGGCCCGUCGUCAAAUGGAUCGUCAACAUAGGCGCGAUAUUCGCGCUCUGCACCAGUCUCUUGGGCGCUAUGUUUCCUUUACCGCGCGUAUUGUACGCCAUGGCUAGCGAUGGUAUAAUAUUCAAGACUCUCUCCACGGUGCAUCCCAAAACAAUGACGCCUAUUUACGGCACAGUGCUCUCUGGUUUACUUAUCGGUCUCAUGACACUCAUCUUCAAUCUGCAACAAUUGAUCGAUAUGAUGUCUAUCGGGACUCUACUUGCGUACACGAUAGUAGCGAUAUGCGUUUUGAUAUUAAGAUAUCAAAAAGAAGAAAAUUCUAACGUUUCUGUGAUAUUACCAACGAGCAAUUACAUCCAACUUACACCUAUAAAUAUAUUUAAGGAAUUGUUCAAUUUGCAAAAUCGGAAAGAACCAACGGAACUUUCUAACAAAAUUGCAAAUGUUGGCAUUGCCUUCCUCUGUAUCGUUAUAUGUAUUAUCACGUUUCUGAUCAGUAACAUGGGCGCGCACUUGCUCGCAGGAAAUAUGGUGAUAUCUGUGACACUAAGUGUACUUGCGAUUGUUCUUUUCUUGAAUUUAGCAGCGAUUGGUAGACAGCCGGUGCAGAGGACUGAAUUGUCUUUCAAGGUACCCCUCGUUCCACUUAUUCCGUGUCUCAGUAUUUUUAUAAACACAUAUUUAAUGUUACAACUAGACAUCUUUACAUGGAUCAGAUUCGCCACUUGGUUGUUGAUUGGCUUCUGCAUUUAUGGAUUUUACGGAAUUGUCCAUAGUGAGCAAGGGAAAAGAGAUAAGGCUGAAAACGAAAAGUUACAACAAAAAUAUGUAGAAAAAUUUAGGAUAAUAACAUCAUUUUGAUAAAAUCGUUUUUUUUAUAUAACAAAAAGAGAAAUGUCCAUUACAAUGUUUCACUUUAACAUACCUUUUAUUCGUAACGUGAAGAACAGCAAAAACAAAAAAAAAACCAUUUUGUAGUACGACCAACAGAUCGAUGGAAAGUAUCUAAUGCUAUCUAAUUCUAAUACCUAAUUAGGAAAAGUAUUUUUCAAAUUUUAAUAAUUUUAUAGUAAAUUUUAAUUUUAAUAAUACAAUAUACACG